UCUUCUUUUAAUGUACAUUUUAUUUAUAAUCACUCACCUAUUCCUCUGUGGGUUUUUAAUUCUGAACAUUUGUUGCAAAUAAUAAUUAUGGAGCUGUCUGAAUCAUCUCAACCUCAAUCUCAAUUGUUUAUGAUGGAAGAAUGGGGGAGCUUUAAAGAGGCAGAUAUGCUGAACAGAAUUGUUGAGGACGAAUUGAAUUUAUUGAAAAAGAAGAUUCAGACAAGAAUCAACGGGCUGAAGAGCUUCGAUUCGAUGAAUUUCUUCUGGCUCGUCGAAGAAGAAUUUAAUAUGACGAAGAAGAAGAUUCAAACAAGAAGUUCAGGGAUCGACAACAAUGACGAUCACGGAAAACCCUUUAAACAACUGAAGCUACAAUUCACGAACAAAAUAUCUCCGGCGAUCCUCACCGGUGAUGAAAUAAAAGGCGUCGAGGACACUUUCUUGGAAAUUGCUCUUAUUGAUGUUUCUACGGGAAACAUCAUUGAGGCUUCCGAACCGGAAGCCUCUACAAACAUUGAAAUAGUUCUUCUAAAAAAAUGCGAAUGCAAUAAUCUCACGAUCGAUGAAUUUGAUGAGAACAUUCUUCACAACCCCGAAGGAAAAGAGUCCCUUCUUGUAGGGAACACGCACGUAAAAUUGGAAAAUGGGAUCGGUGUGUUAAAGCAAAUUAAGCUCAAACAUCGCACGAAGAAAAUAAAUCCGCCGGAGUUUUGUUUAGGAGCGAGAGUCGUUGAUCCGGUUUAUAGGGACCGGAUAAUGCCAGCCACGACGGAGUCGUUUAUGGUACAAAAUUAUCGCAAAAAAUAUUACAAAAAGCAUGAGAUCCCUGCUCUAACCGAUGAAGUCUACCGAUUGGUCAAUAUUCACAAAGACGGAAAGAUCGCCGAGCGUCUUCGAGACGAAAAGAUCAAGACAGUCGAAGAUUUCUUGAUCCGACACCUCUUCGAUCCUCAAGGGCUCAAAAAUGUUGUCAGCACGGCGCCAAAAAAAUGGAAGGACAUUGUCGCAAAUGCACGGGCGUGUAGAGACAAACGGAUAUAUUGCUACGCCGACUUUCAGCAGAAGACCGCUGUCGUUUUUAACGUUCUUGGACAAGUUCUCUGGCAGCAUUCGAACAACCAAUUUGCGCUGACGGAUGAGGAUGAAGCUCGAGAAUUUUCACUACAGUCGGCUUAUGAACACUGGAACGAUGUCAAGCACUUUGACGACGAGAGUUCUCUUGAGGAAUACUUGAACAGUUUGCGCGAAUCUUGGGGGCCUCCCAAUGCGCGAAUGAUGGAAGAAACUUGUGUCGAUGACUAUGACAUUAUUACCAAUGAUGCCGAUAUAUAUUUUGUUGUCCGGAAAAGACAUUGGAGGGUGUUUCGGGGCAUUUGGAGAUGGACUUCGGUUAUCAAGAAAAAGAUCGGUAAAAAAUGUUGUCGCCUAAAGAAGUUGAAAGUUCGUCGACAAGAAAAGUGCAGAUUCGAGCGAAGUUUUUCUUAGGAAAUUUGUUCUUUCGAUUUAUACCGUCGUUUUUUUGUUGUUGGAAGAUUAUAUAUAUGUAAAUUAAAGAUGUAUUUUGCUUAAAUAGUAAUUUAAUUUGAUAUUUUAUAAAAAAAAAUAAUAAUAAAAAAUAAUACUCUAGCUGUCAUUAA